AUGCGGGUGGCCGUGACCGGCUGCUGCCACGGCGAGCUGGACAGGCUCUACGAGACCCUGGCGGUAGCGGAGCGGCGCGGCGCGGGCCCGAUAGACCUGCUGCUGUGCUGCGGAGACUUCCAGGCGGUGCGCAACGAGGCCGACCUGCGCUGCAUGGCCGUGCCGCCCAAGUACCGCCACAUGCAGACCUUCUACAGAUAUUACUCGGGCGAGAAAAAGGCUCCAGUUUUAACGAUCUUCAUCGGAGGAAACCAUGAAGCCUCCAAUCAUUUGCAGGAGUUACCGUAUGGAGGCUGGGUGGCGCCAAAUAUUUAUUACUUAGGUUUAGCUGGUGUGGUGAACUACCGAGGUGUUAGAAUUGGUGGAGUCUCUGGUAUCUUUAAAUCUCAUGACUAUCAAAAAGGUCAUUUUGAGUAUCCUCCUUAUAAUUCAUCUACCAUAAGAAGUAUAUAUCAUGUGAGAAAUAUUGAAGUCUAUAAAUUAAAACAGCUGAAGCAGCCUGUAGAUGUAUUCUUGUCUCACGAUUGGCCAAGAAGUAUAUAUCAUUAUGGAAAUAAGAAACAGCUUCUCAAGGCUAAGUCUUUUUUCCGACAAGAAGUGGAGAAUAACACAUUAGGGAGUCCUGCUGCCUCAGAGCUGUUGAAACACAUCCAGCCCACUUACUGGUUCUCAGCACAUCUUCACGUGAAGUUUGCAGCCUUCAUGCAGCAUCAGGCUAAAGACAGAGAACAACCAGCAAAAACGACCCGAUUUUUAGCCUUAGACAAAUGCUUACCACACAGAGAUUUCCUUCAGGUGAUAGAAAUAGAACAUGACCCCAGUGCUCCUGAUGGCUUGCAGUAUGAUGUCGAAUGGCUCACCAUUCUCAAGGCUACUGAUGAUCUUGUUAAUGUGACUGGGUGCCUGUGGAAUAUGCCUGAAAACAAUGGCUUGCACACAAGGUGGGAUUAUAGUGCAACCGAAGAAACUAUGAAAGAAGUCUUAGAGAAGUUGAAUCAUGACCUCAGAGUUCCCUGUAACUUCAGUAUGACAGCUGUUUGCUAUGACCCCAGAAAGCCACAGAACCACACGCAGCUGGUUCACCGGAUCAAUCCUCAGACGACUGAAUUUUGUGCCCAACUUGGCAUCACAGACAUCAAUGUCCGACUUCAGAAGGCCAGGGAAGAACCCCGCCCUGUUGAAGACGCAGAGCCUGAAGAUGCAGAGAGUAAUGACUCAGGCGAACCCAGUGAAUAUAACACAGACACAUCUGCGUUGUCCUCCACCAAUCCCGAUGAAAUCAUGUUAGACGAUGAGGAGGACGAGGAAGACAGCCUUGUAAGCGGACCUAGUGACAUGAACACAUCGUCAGAUCAGACCUCUGACUUCUCUGCAAGCUUCUCAGAUGUCCGAAUCCUGCCAACUUCCAUGAUUGUAUCUUCCGAUGACACGUUGGGUUCCCCAGUUGCUAGAAAGGGAAAAACUGGUCAUGUGGUAGAGUUGGGGGAUGAGAAUUCCUUAAUUCAGGUGCCACUGAAGAGGCUGAGUGAUGAACAUGAACCUGAACAGAGAAAGGAAAUUAAGAGGAGGAAUCAAGCCAUCUAUACUGCAGUAGAUGACAGUGAUGCAGCAGACAGCUUGUCUUGA